CAAAUCCUAGGACCACAACUGCAAAGUAGACUGAAUCAAAGCAAUGCUCCUGCUGCAAAUCUCAGCUAAACUACUACUGCGACUACAACUGUGGAGAGAAUCCGCGAACCACUGCAAUAAAAUUCAAGAAAACAAACAGUAUUUUGCUUUGAAAAUUUAAUUUAAAGAUUUAAAGUUUUGGAGUGAAACCUAACAAGUGGACAUUUAUUUAUUUUACUUUUUCCCCUCAUUGGAAUCGUUGUGACCUGCGCUCAGUUUUUCUUUUAUUCCCGUAUGAAGUUACUAACACUAGUUAUUUUUUUCUGUAAAGACACACAUUCUGAAGACUAAAAUAGUUGCAGCUAACUAUACACCAGAGAAAAAUUGAUAACCUUUUUGUGAAACUGCACAAAAAGGGUUUCAUUAGUCACCAAUGAUGCUGAAAUUUCGUAACUCGGAUUUAUGGAUUGCUUGGAUGGUAUUAUUUUGUGUAGAAGGCUACGUGAAAUCAUUAGAAGUGACAGUGAGUCAAAGCAGUGUGCAGGUGGCCAGAGGUCAGACUGCCACAUUGCCGUGUACCUUCACCACUAGCGCAGCACUCAACAACCUGAACAUCAUCUGGAUGGUGACACCUCUCUCCAAUGCCAAUCAACCAGAACAGGUGAUCCUGUACCAGGGUGGACAAGUGUUUAACGCAGCUGUCCAGUUUAAUGGGCGAGUCGGAUUUGUUUUGAUGAUGCCCAGCACAAGUGCCUCAAUCUUCAUCAACAACACUCAGCUGUCGGACACUGGGACGUACCAGUGCCUGGUUAACAACAUGCCGGACAGAGGGAGCAGGAAUAUUGGGGUUAUCGGACUCACUGUACUUGUACCACCUUCCAUCCCCUCCUGCAGGAUUCAGGGGACUCUGGAUAUCGGCAGUGACGUCAUGUUGGCGUGUAACUCUGACGAAGGCAUCCCCACGCCCACCUACGCCUGGGAGAAGUUGGACUCUGUACCCAAACUGCCAGCGACGGCGAUGCAAGAUCAGAUGCAGGGGACGGUGAUGCUGCGCAAUAUCAGCACUGCCUCCUCCGGCCUGUACCAGUGCACGGCUUCCAAUGCCAUUGGGAAGAGUACCUGCCUCCUGAACAUGCAGGUCAUUGCGCCCCAGCCUCAGAGCGUGGGGAUAAUCGCCGGUACGAUCGCCACAGGAGUCCUCGCGGUCAUCAUCUGUCUCCUCCUGGUUGUUGUUGUUUUCUUCUACUGGAAAAACAGAAACAAAUAUGAGGAAGAUGAAAUCCCCAAUGAGAUCAGGGAAGAUGACCUGCCCCCGAAGAGGUCUCCUUCUGUCAAAGCAUUCCAUGCCGAUGCCUCCUCUUCAGAAAACGACACCUUGACGUCCACAAACACAUACAACAGUCGCUACUGGCACAAUCCCAAACCCAGCUACGACACCAACUCCUACACACGCUAUAACGGAGACACACAUAAGACCUUCUCUGGCCACACGGGGGCCUCACCUGCCCGGCCCGCCUACGCCAACGGCAGCCAUACACUUCCGCCACCCAAGACUCUCGUGGUCACCACAAACUCUGCCCCCUCUCCACAGGCCGCUGUCCGGGGGAAUGGCUCAAUAACUUUGAAGCCCCAGCCACAACACAAGCAGCACACGCAUUCUUAUGCUGUCAGCCAGGCCACGCUAGAGAGAAUGGGUGCUGUGCCCGUCAUGGUACCAGUGCAGAGCAGAGCAGGAUCUUUAGUAUAAACUUUAAAAAAUUGCAAAUGGAUUUUAUCAUAGAGUUCAUCUAAUGCCAACUUUCCAAAUGUACUACUGUGACUACAGCAUGUGGCUUUUUUUUUUUUUUUUUUAAAUACUAUGAAAACGUAUGUAA